AUGACGGGUGACUGGAGGAAGGAAUUUUUCCAGGCUGUGGACGUUACUCUGGAUCCAGUCACAGCUCAUCCUGCCCUCAUCUUGUCUGAAAAGAACAGACGUAUAAUCUGGGGAGAGAAGCCUCAAGAUCUACCUGAGGAUCCACAGAGAUUUUACUCCCUUCCCUGUGUGCUGGGUCAUCAAGUCAUCACUUCAGGGAGAUGCUACUGGGAAGUAGAAGUCGGGGACAGUGGAGCCUGGGACCUGGGAAUUUGUAGGCCUCAUGUAACGAGGAAGGGGAGGAUUUCUAUAAAACCAGAGGAUGGUUUCUGGGCCAUCAGGUUUUAUAAGGAUGAGUACUGGGCACUCACCUCUCCAGAAACACAACUUACUUUAAAGGAGCACCCUGCCACAGUAUGUAUUUUCCUAGAAUAUGAGGAGGGGCGUAUCUCAUUUUAUAAUAUGACAGAUAAAUCCCACAUUCACACCUUGUCUCAAGGAUCCUUUGAUGGGCCCUUAAGGCCAUUUUUCAGACUUUGGUCCAGCGAUUCAGGGCAUUUGACCAUCUGUCCAGUGUCUGAAGCAGCACAGGUGCCCCUGUGCUAGGAGCACCAUUUAAGCUGCGGGUCAGUGUGUAUUGAUGCAUGGACCAUGACAUGAAUUCUCCUAUACCAGAAGCAAGUUACUUUUUCUUAUUCAUUUUUAUGCUUCUCCCUAUUAUUUUAUCUCCUUCAUAAACAGCUCCCCCAAAGCAUGGUGCAGGGUGAAAAACUGUGUGUUGCAUGUGGUAUGUGUAAUGAAAUAUAUAUACAUAGACAUAUAUGUAUAGACAUACUCUCAUUUAAUGUAAUCAUAUUAUCAUUAUAAAUAUACACAAGGAACUAGUGCAUGUGAUCACCCAUACAGUGUUAUAAUUUCUUUAAUAUUACAAACUUAAAGUGACAAAGAUAGGAGUAAGGGAAGAAUAACUUUUUGUUUUAUACUCUUUUUUACCUUUGGGUUUUGUACUACAUUUACAAAGUGAUAUGCAGAAAGAUAAAAUUAAAAGUUUCAAAUAAAAAAUAA